AUGGCUGCGGGAAAAGUCACCAAAAUCGCUGCUCCAGACGAGAAGGAUGAGGUCGCCGAGUUUGUUGCUGCUCGUCUCCGCCAAGAAGAGAGAGAGACGACGGAAAUUUUUAAGGAAGGAGAUGAGGGGCGAUUUGUUGGAGAUAAUGGAGGUUGUAAUUUUUUCUUUUGGGUCGACUCUCCUACCUGUGACCUGCCUGAAAAAAGCAUGCCUGGGUUAUUGAAGAAGAUGAAGGCACUGGAGAGAGCAAAUGAAAACUUCAAAUUUGAGAAUACCAAAUUGGAGGAGAAGGUUGAAAAACUGGAAGAGAAGAUUGAAAAAUUGCAGAAAAAGGUUGAAAAAUUGCAAGCAUUGAACAAGAGAAUUAGGUGA